AUGACAGACACUGACGAUAAGAAAGGAGAUGAAGGCCAAACAGAGCCAGUGUAUGGAGGAUGUGAAGGUCCAAAUGCUACCUAUGUGAAGCUGAUUUCCAGUGAUGAACAUGAAUUUAUAAUCAACAGGGAUUAUGCCUUGACUUCAGGCACAAUCAAGGCCAUGUUGAGUGGUCCUGGUAAGACUCUUAAAAAAACUAUGUAAUCGUUCUCUGAAGAGCUGUCAUUAGGGGCUGGAGACCGGGGAUUUCUCCUGGCUGCUAAACCCUAACCCUACUAGAAUCAUGACCCCUGGCUUUUUCGGAGGAAACAAUGGGAAAAUGGAGCACAAAGAACUCCCUUGCUCUUUAAUUUCCUUCCUUCUAAUGCAUAUACCUGACAACUUGAAAUCUUAGUGACAGCUGUUUAGUCUGACUCUUACCUUUAACUUUUUAUGAUAGAAGCUGGUCUUUAUUUUCAACAACCAUUAAAUGCUUACAAAUGAAAUGAUUAUGACUUGUAAUUGAUUGUUUUUCAAUGUACAAAUCAUCUGCAAAUUAGACUCAUUAAGUACACAUACCAUAACUGAAACAGAGAAAAAAUCCACAGGUUAAAGUGCUGUGAGUUAAUUUCCACUUUUGCUAGCCUCCUGCAACAUGCAGGUUAGUUUUGGAGCAAGUGCAUUAAAAAUGAAGCAAAUUAGUAAGAUCCUCUGUCUUUUGAAAAGCAAUCAUGGUUCAGACUGCAGGCCUGGAACAUUUUUUGUCUUACUUGCAGGUCAGUUUCAUGAGAAUGAAACCAACGAAGUUUACUUCAGGGAAAUUCCGUAAGUACUUCAUAAUCUUAUUCAAAUUUCUCUUCUUUUCUCCUUUGCUCACAUAGACUCUGGCAUAUGUUGGAAUUUUGAUUAAACUGAGGGUAAAGGGACUAGCAAAAUGUGUUUGCCAAAACAAGGAUUCAUUGGAGGCUCUUUCCUUAUAAUUAAAUUUUUCUAUCACUGGGGCAAUGAAUAUUGUUCGUUAUACCAGCCAAGGACUUUGUUAUACAGUGUAUAGAGGUUCGUUGUAUCAAGGUUUCAGUGCAUGCGGCGGGGCUAAAGUGCAGGUCACAGGUCACAGGUCAGGUCACAGGUUACAGGCCACAGGCCACAGGUCAGGUUACAGGCCACAGGUCACAGGCCACAGGUUAGGUUACAGGCCACAGGUCACAGGCCACAGGUCAGGUCACAGGUCACACAAAAAACAAUAGGACACUGGACAAAACUGAUCUAGACUGAUGUUUUACUAUACAUAAAUAAAAUAAGCCAAGGAACCUUGAUGAUAUUUUUGUCCUUUAAACAAUAUUAAAUUCCACACAUGGAAUAAUAUUUUCAUGCUGAUCAUACGGCAUAUCCAAACUUCGUAACGAAAUCACAACGGUGGGCAAAAUCAUUUUGUACGAAAAACAAAUCACAUGUUUUUCACUGAAAACGAAGUGUUGUCCUGUUAUUAGAAUGUCAUCUCCAAAUAAGCCGUGCAGCCAAGAUAACUUGGAGCGAGUCACUGACAUGCAGCACUUUAAUCCUUUGAUACAUCAGCAGUUUACAGAGUCAAAGAUUCAAGUUGUAAUGGCGGAAUGCUCCCACGUAAGGGCUACGAGGCAAAUCCAACAGAGGUUUUUCAAGCUGUUGUGCAACAGAACGUGAGAAAAUGGCAAGCUCUUGAGAGAAGAGCCGAGAAAUAUGGUCCAGCAACUAUAGCAAUGUCUGAAGUUCUUAGCCUACUACACUUUAAUAUAGCAGUAUUUUGUGACUGGUACGAAGCGCGAGCAACAGGCCGCCACCUUCAAAAGAGAUGGAAGACCGAUCUAGUGGCAAGAAGAGUUUAGGACGAGAAAAGUCUGAAGAAAGUUGCCGUAUUUCAGUGGUCAAAUAAGUUUUAGACUGUCCUUAAGUUUUUCUUCCGUUUUCCCGUCGAAUGCUUUUUAAAACAUCCACAAACACGUCAUAAUAUUCUUAACGCAACAACCCUUCUUUUUGAGAUUCGUUUUUUCUAACAAAUCGCGUGAUUUUGCGUACCUUUGUGAUUUCGUUACUAACUUUGGUUACGCUGUAACGCAAGUCCUCCUUGCGUGAUCAGCAUGAAUAUAUUUUCUCAUGUGUGGGAUUUAGUAAAGUUCAGGACAGAAAAAAUAUAAUUGAGGUUCCUUGGCUUGUUCUAUUUUUGUAUGAUAAAAUGUCAAUCAAGAACAGUUUUGUCCAGUGUCCUAUUGUCUUUGUGUGUGACCUGUGGUCUGACCUGUGACCUGACCUGUGGCCUGUUAUCUGACCUGUGACCUGUGGUCUGACCUGUGACCUGGCCUGUGGCCUGUGACCUGUGACCUGACCUGUGACCUGUGACCUGCAGUUUAGCCCCGCUGCAGUGCAUGUAACUACAGGUGUACAUGUAGCUGCUAGCAAAUAGAUGACAGCUGCAGAGGUUCAAGAGUCUGUAUUCACAGGGGUCCCAAACUCACUACAUGAAUGCUUGUUAAAAACAAAUACACCGCAGUGUUCUCCCUAUCAGGCGGUAACCAGUAAAAUUUACCACCUGAAGCAACACUUCUUACCGCCUGCAACCUCUUGAAGGUUUACUAAAAAAAAUAAUUUGUUUUAAAAAAUAGGCAAGUUGUGAUCCAAUCUGAUUCUCAAAAGAAAAUGAAUUAAUAUAUGGAAAAUUACCAAAGUAUACACAGCUUUUCUUUUUAUGGACCAUACAUUUUGGAAAGAGAACGUUGAUGUCAGAGUAAAAUUAUUGGAAAUAUCGAACGUUUUAAAUUGUUGCCUAAAGAUAACAAUGGUCCAUUUGCAUAAAAUAGGUCUUGAAGUGAGGAAAUGAUGUCCCUCACUCCACUACCCCUCCACCCCCCAGGGGCCCUUUUUUUGCCUUACUGGCCAUGAAUGGUCCCUUACCCAGUUAGCUAAAAUUUAGGGAGAACACUGCACUGGCAUAUACAUGUACAGUGUAUUGCAUAAUGAAGCACUUUUAGGGUUCAUAUGGGAUUAGUUUUAUUUUGAAAAAAUUCAGUUCAUUGUAACUUAUUGUGUGGAAAUGAAGUACAGUGGAACCUGGUUAGUACAGACACCAAGGGGACAUGUCAUACAGGUGUCCUUAUUAUCCAGGCCCCAGUUGUUCAAACAUUGGAUAGCCCUUUCCACCGGAUAAAUCACUACCCAGCGGAUAAGUAUUAGGGAAACCAAUUACGCUAUCUGCUGGAUAGUGAUUUAUCCGGUGGGUAGCGCUAUCCAACGUUUGAACAACUGGGGCCAGGUGUCUGUAUUAAGCAGUCUCUCGGGAAAAAAACUUCACAGACACAUGUUGUAUUGAUAUAAAGACUAAAGCAGACAAAGAGGAAGAGGGGUAGGAACAAUGACAGACUGUCCAACCAACCUGAUUUCAUCGGGAUUACCCCGAUUUUGAUUGAAAAUCCUGAAUCCUGACCAACAUGUGACCGGUAUUGGAAAAAUCCUGACAUUUAUGGCUUGGUAGCCCUUCCUACUUUUUGGUGUAGAGUACAUAAAGUACCGUUUAGAACGGUACUUCGCUUCUUCAGAGUUGCUUUCUUUCUUUCAGUGUCAAAACAACUCCCAGCAUUUUAUUUAUGGCCCCUGCCACAAGGCCUGCUGAUAGCCAAGAAUAAUAAGAAAACCAAUCCAGUUUAAUGCAUGUUUAGGUGGCUCAACCCAGUAUUUUUAUAGGCACACCCUCCAUCUUUGAAUCUCUUAUACUUAAACAAAUUGAUCUGUACUGUAAAACGAUUAUGACCCAUGGAUUACACUUAGACUAAAAUUUAUUAUGGUAUUAUUUUUGGGUUGAUUGGAAUAAAAUUAAUGUCAUGUGGCAAUGAUGUCACAAUGGUUUUGCCCUAAAUCGAAUUUCGGCCCUGUCCGGCAUUAAAUUCUUUUGAAAUGCUUUAAGCUUCGUAUUCUUUGGAUAAAUGUCUUCAGCUGUGCAAUGUUUCACAAAAAUCUAUGGGAGGAAUUUUGAGAUAUCCCGGAAUUUCUAUAGAAAGAGUAUAAAUUAUCCAUGCACUGAAGACUGGAGUUACUUUUUAGAUGUUUCCGAAAAGGUUUUAUCACUCAUUCGUUAUACACUCUAGAAGCCGCUGAGUACAAGUACACUUGCGCGAUUUCAAAACACAUGAAAACGUAUGAAUCAGGGUAAAACGCAAUGCUGAGCUCUUUUUGUAAUUUCUAAGGCUACUUUCAUGGAAACAGCGAUGAAAGUAAAAUUGGUUGAUAGAUGUUUUAGACUGUUUUAGUACUUUAAUUGGUCAAUGCAAGUACACUUGCGCGAUUUCAAAACACAUGAAAACGUAUGAAUCAGGGUAAAACGCAAUGCUGAGCUCUUUUUGUAAUUUCUAAGGCUACUUUCAUGGAAACAGCGAUUAAAACAAAAUUGGUUGAUAGAUUUUUUUAGACUGUUUUAGUACUUUAAUUGGUCAGUGUACUAUUAAAUCCCCAAAUUUCAUGUCAAUUGAAAACUUCUGAACACCUAUAAAAAUGCUGGGUCAAGCCACCUUAAGGGUAAACAAUCUUAAAACUAACAAUCAAUUUACCAAACAUUUUUGACAGAAAAUUUAAUUGUCACUCCAGAAUGGUAGAAAUGGUGUUUCCGAGCCUUAAAAUUUCAAAAGUUUCUAGGGAAGCAUGCCCCGAGACACCCCCAGCACCUCUCGCUUUCGGCGCACAAAAAUUUCUCCCUAUUUUUCAUAGCCAGAAGUUUGGACAGUCUGCAGUGACAGCCACAAAAAGGCAGGAAAUGCAGGGUACUUUUUUAUGGAAAUCAUCCCGGCCAGUUUAAAAUAGAGUAAUCAUGUGCUGACACUGAAUAAAGGAGCCAAAAUGUAAUGAUGUCUGUGUUCUGUCAAACACCCUAAUUCUUGCUCCAGAAUGCUGGAACUGCAUUAUAAGAGGCCCAAAUUUCAAAAUUUUUCCAGGAGCUCACAAGUCGCACCUUUGCUACCAGUUUUUUCAUUCUCCACUUACUCCAAAGCUUUUGCCACCUACUACUUAGUUAAAAUCUUAUUGAAAACCCUGAAAUGAAACUUGGCCACAGUGCAAGGGGCAAACACAGAAAGAAAUAUAUAAUGCGAUCAGUCUAAUAAAUUUUGUACUAGAUCAAUAAUUUUGUACCAGUUUAAAAAUAAUUGUACCAGUACAAGACAAUUUGUACCAUGAGCAAAAUUGAACUACAACAUAUACAGGCGUCCAUAUUAAGUGGGUGUCUGUAGAGCGGGCUUCCACUGUACAUAAUAUAGAGGACACUUACGAAUUGCAUGAGAAAACUAACAAACUUCUUCAUACAACUCCUCGUUGCAGAUCGCAUGUGCUUGCCAAAGUCUGUACUUAUUUUAUGUACAAAGUGCGAUACACCAACAGCAGCACAGAGAUCCCAGAAUUCCCCAUUGCUCCAGAGAUCGCCUUGGAGUUGUUAAUGGCAGCAAAUUUCCUGGAUUGCUGAAGGUUAACUGUAGUGUGCAUUAGUGUAAUAGCAGACAUUAUGUUGCAUUUGUUCAAGUUCAAUCUUUUUGUACUUUGGUAUAUUAAUUUAAGGUUGUCAAACUUUGAUAAAGAUAUUCUGCCAAAAGUUAGUAUAACUUGCAUCAUCUCUCAAGAAUGUAUUAAAGACCACGGUUCUGUUACCUGUUGCACACUUUGUAUAGUUACAUUACUGUUGUGAGGUAUACAAAAUUCACUCUUUUCAUUUCCACAGCAAAAGAACUUUCUGAGAAUGUUACAUUGAAAAUUUUUUUCAAAUUAAUUUUUUAAGAGUUGGAAGUAAAUAGCCAAUGUAAUAAAAAUGCCAUGAUAAUAAUGAUAAGAAUCUUAAAUAUAGUAGCAAGUUUAAAGUUAAAGAGGAUUUUCUGUAUUAAAUACUGUCUUUAUUUCAACAUCAAAUCAAUCUAAAACCAACAAAGAUAAUAACUGUUUUGUAAGAAUUACUUUAUACUUAAAAGGUUUAGAA